AAUACAAACGAUAGAGCAAAGUUUUCAGCCUUACGACGCGGAGCCGAGCGCGUUCAUUCAGAAGACGGCGAUAGCGCGACGACUGAAACGGAGACAACGCCAGCCUCGCGGCUAAAGCUUUGCGUCGGUCCCUCUUAGGUAGAUGAUUGAACGAGAAACGUUUCUCUUUCGUGGCGUGAAGGGAGUUUGCCGGAUUACUUAAAUUUAGUGCGCACAUAGUAUGUAUUAUUUUUUUCCGGUGACUUCAGAGGCAGAAACAGUGGGAGCCAGUGCUGGUGGAACGUAGGAAAGAAGAUAAGUUGAUAUUUUGAAAGACGCGUUACUCGUAUUGCAUUUUUUGUGGCUGCGCCCACACACACACAGCUUUUGAAUGUUUGUUAACGCGCCUUCAUCUAAACGCAUUUUAUUAUUGACCGCGCUUUCCCCACAUCAUGGCCAUGGCAUGGUUAGUGUGACGGGGUCCUGUGCUCUGUGCGCGAGACAGCGAAGUGCACUGUGUGACUGUCGUCGUGACCAGCGUUGCCGUUAUUAUUGAUGCCGCUCACUGCUUGGGCUCGAGGUACCUGUUCCGCGAGUGUCGCGCGGCGAUGCGCUCGAGCGCACCGAAAUUCGCGCCUCGGGGCUCUACUUCUCGCGCUGGAGAUAUAAAUAGGGAAACGUGCCGUUCAUCUCGCUCUGCUUCGGCUCGCCCCCCUCCGUAUUCCUCCCCGUGCAGCCGUGCUAGUUACGAUCAUUGUUCCUCUCCGGCAUUAAGCACAUUCCAGAGGGCCGCAGCGCAGCCGCGUCUUCUUCCUCACAUUCCUUCCGCACAAACGAGUCCCUCCACUCGCCCUUUACAAUAAGCGCUCGCGCUUCUGCGCCAGACUCAGUCUCGGGCUUCGGCAGCUGCGCUGCUCCCGCCGGGCAAUGCAGCCUCGUUUAUCGGUGCGCUCCAUGAAUUGUGGAAGUGGACGCCGCAUGACAAAUCCAGGAAACUCGUAAACUCCUCGGCGCAAAUUCCUCCGCGGAGCGCGAGCGCGAGCGCGCCGGCGCCGAUUGUGAAGACGAGGCGGCUCAAGUUAUCAAAGAGCACAAGUGGAAGUGCGCGCGCCGUCCGAGCGGAGGCUGCAGCGGUGCGAACGGCGGGCGCCGGGAGGCGAGGAGGGAGGAGGGCCUCUCAACGGCCUCUUAAGUGCGGGCGGCGCUGCGUGUCCGACAUGGAGCGGUCCGAGGACCCCGCGGGACUCCGGGCGAGCAAGUUGAUCCAGUGCGUGUCUCUGUACGGCGCGGCUGGCGCGGCUCCCUCGGCCUCCUCGGGGGGAGAGGCUUCGGAGCAGAGAGGCAAGAGGGGCGGCGGGCCUUGUGCUCCUCCCCAGCGGCUCCACACCCCCGCCGACGAGCUGCCGGCGUCCGCAGACAAGGUGCUGGCGGUGGCCCCGGCGAACGGGAGCCGGGCCCCGCACUGGGACGCGCACUGGGAUGUGCUGGCCUCCGAGGACAGCCAUGGCGCCCGGCCCGCGCCCUCCCACCGGAGACACUCCGCGGAGGUGCAAGCGCACAGGAGCGGCUCCGAGGGCACGGCGCCCGCCAAACAGGGGCCUUUUGCCUCGGCUCCGGCCGGCAGGGGCGCCGGCGCGGCGGGCCCGGCCCAGGACAGGCAGCCGAGCCCUAGGAGCAGCCUGCUGCAGCAGCGCGACGGGGGCUACGCGCCGAGCCCCAGGUCGAGCUACGCGAGCACGGCCAGCGACACCAGCAAACACUCCAGUCCCAGUCCCAGGGCCAGUUUUAUCGGCUGCGACUGCAGCAGCAAGCCCGGCAGCAACCGCACCAGCGGCAUCAGCAUGGGCUACGACCAGAGGCACGGCAGCCCGAGGUCCAGCACGGCCAGCCAGUGCUCGGCCGGCGCGAGCCCUCGCUCCAGUUGCUCCGAUCCGCGGUACGGGCCUUCGGCGAGCCAGGAGCAGGAGGGCGUGGCCCUCCAGGGUGCUCCUGUGCUCAGCCCCCGCUCCAGCAUCAGCAGCCAGGAGGGAGGCGCGAGACCCUCGCCGGGGUUCAACUGUAUGGCGAGCCCCAGGUCGAGCAUCUCCAGCCACAGCUCCAGGAGUUCCCGCAGCUCGAGGGGAUCCGUGGGCAUGUUUUCGGAACCGCAGGGGCCCUCCCCUCGCUCCUCCGUGAUGGUUCCCGGGUUACAGGAAGAUGCCGUGGUUCAAGAUUUCAGAGACUCGAGCUGCUUGCAGAAUAGGAGCCGCCUGCAGUCGUCUCCCGGAACCCAAGACGCACCUCAGCAGGCUGCUCCGCUGGGACUGUACCCUGAAGUUGCCGCAGCGGUUCCGGCACAUUUCGCUUAUGGAAACCCUGCGAAAAACUCGGCCCUGGGCCACAAAUUAAAGUUGCCCCAGCAGAUCGCACCGUGUCGGGACAGUGGGCCAAGCCAGGUAGAAAGAAGACUGGAAGCCCUCACCUUAGAGCUCGAGAAGGAGUUGGAGAUGCACGUGAAAAAAGAGUAUUUUGGUAUCUGUAUCAAAUGUGGGAAGGGGGUGUAUGGAGCCAGUCAGGCCUGCCAAGCCAUGGGAAACCUGUACCACACAAACUGCUUCAUUUGUCACUCCUGCGGGAGAAGACUACGGGGAAAGGCUUUCUACAACGUGAACGGCAAGGUCUACUGUGAAGAAGAUUUCCUGUACUCUGGGUUUCAGCAAACAGCAGACAAGUGCUUUGUGUGUGGCCACCUAAUCAUGGAAAUGAUCCUGCAGGCACUGGGCAAGUCAUACCACCCAAGCUGUUUUCGCUGUGUGGUCUGUAACGAAGGUCUGGAUGGAGUGCCUUUCACAGUGGAUGUGGAGAACAACAUCUACUGCGUGAAGGACUACCACACAGUUUUUGCUCCUAGAUGUGCCUCAUGCAACCAGCCUAUCCUUCCUGCCCAGGGCUCAGAGGAGACCAUCAGAGUGGUGUCCAUGGAGAAGGAUUAUCACGUUGAGUGUUACCACUGCGAGGACUGUGGCCUGCAGUUGAAUGAUGAGGAGGGCCAACGCUGCUAUCCCCUGCAGGACCACCUGCUAUGCCAUAGCUGCCACCUGCAUCGGCUGAAGGGUCAGACAGCACCCCACCCACCUCCCAGCUAUCCCAUGCACGUCACUGAACUGUGAAGGCGGCCGGAAUCGGCACGGUGCCCAGUGGGACGGUGAAGGAGCCGCUGAGGUGGGAACAGGGCUAGAGAGACGGAUGCAUAGAGAAGACUGAAGAUGAGCAAGUGAGGUGAUGGAGCAGUCUUCUGGAACGUCACAUAAGAGGAGUCUCAGAGCCUUUAAACCAGGAUGUUCCCCUCGCCGUCCCACCUAAAAAUCAACGAGCGUGAUGCAUUUCACCAGUAUAAAGUCACUCUUGGAACGCAUCCACCAGGACACAGGAGCUGUCUUGUUUUCCCCGUUGUGCCCAGUUU